UAUGCUGCCGGCGUUAGUGCGCUGCUCGCCGUGGUCGCGUAGCUUGCCGAAUCGUGGUCGGCGCAGCAGCUAGAGAUAGGCUUUACGUGGUGCGCGAUGAUGCCUCCAUGUUCUGGGAGGCCGCCGCCACCGCUGCCGCCGCCCCUGGCCCUGGUUUCGCCUCUUGGGCCGUGGCUACUGCAUGCGGGCCUGGGCUACGUGCCGCUCAGGCGAGAACCGCACUUCCGGUGCCUAGCUGCGGCAGUGCCCCCGCCGCGCCUGCUGCUGUGCUGUGAGGGCCGGCUAGGCCGAGUGGUGCCGUGGCCACAGCAGCAUGGCCCUGCCUGCCCAGCCAAGUCCCUGAGGCUCACUCCCAGUGCGCUCUGGAGGAGACAGCAGCGCAGGCACCGACACCACCACAGGAGUGCCACCAUGGGGCAGAAGGUCACUACCGGCCUCAAGGUGGUUCAGCCAAUGGAGGAAGAGAGCCUGGUGGGUCAGCCAUCAGUUGCCCACCCAAGCCGGCCUGGCUGGAUCCAUGAGGUGCGGGAGCCUCAAAGGCCAUUGCGACUCGAACUGCUACUGGACAUGCCACCAGCUAGUCCAGAGCUACAGUGCCGGCACGCCUGGAACCCUGAGGAUCGGUCACUAAACAUUUUCGUCAAGGAAGAUGAUCGACUCACCUUCCAUCGGCAUCCUGUUGCCCAGAGCACAGACUGCAUUCGUGGCAAGGUGGGCUACACACGAGGGCUGCAUGUGUGGGAAGUUCGUUGGAGCACGCGGCAGCGGGGAACACAUGCUGUGGUGGGCGUAGCCACACGGGACGCCCCACUUCACUCGGUUGGUUACCAGUCCUUGGUGGGUAGCAACCGUGAGUCCUGGGGAUGGGACCUGGGUCGUAACAAGCUCUACCAUGAUGUUAAGAACAACCCUGCUGUCACCUACCCUGGUGAUUGCCGUCCAGCUGACGAGAUAUUCUUGGUACCGGAUGCAUUCUUGGUUGUUCUGGACAUGGACGAAGGCACAUUGGCCUUUGUGGUUGAAGGCCGAUACCUGGGUGUGGCAUUUCGAGGCCUGCGAGGGAAAAAGCUCUACCCUGUAGUCAGUGCCGUCUGGGGCCACUGUGAGAUCACCAUGAAGUACAUCGGUGGACUCGAUCCGGAGCCGCUUCCCCUCAAGGACAUCUGCCGGCGAGUGAUACGGCAGCGUGUCGGCAAGACCCGUUUAUCGCGGGUGCAUGAACUGAACCUUCCAACAGCCCUCAAGGCAUACUUGCUGUACCAGGACCGGACCAGUUAAUGACCGCCAGCCCUGUGCCACACGGGCUGCCUAGAGUCCAACUGCCGAGCCCAAGCCUCACGCCUGUCUCACAUCACGUGUCUGCCUCAGGAGCCCUCCUUAUGAGCAAUGCACAGGGUGGAUUUGUGCCAUAUUUACUCUGAUGUAAGGCAGGUGCAUUGCCCCUUUUAGUACGUUGCUUCCUUGAAAAAAACUGACAGUCUGCAUUUCUGACGUUACAAUAAGUGGUGAGAUAAGAAUCAUGCAUUACUCUUGCUGUGCUUACUGGCUGACCUCAUUGCUUUCAAAAUAGUGUGUCUGCAUGUCUGCAAAGAGAGCUUUUUAGUUAUUUGUAUAUUUUAAGUUUACUCUAAUCAUCAUUCUAGUAGCCCGACAAAAUUCUGGUAGCUGCCACUCGGAUUUUCUGAUCAGCAUUCUAGAGAAGAUUCCAGAAAGUGUCCAAAGAAUUAGCAUCAUUCUGGUCUCCUUAAAGAGGGUUCAAGCUGUAGCUAGGCCUCGUGGGAAUUGCUGAAAUUAAGUGCUCUUUUCAACACACGGAAAGAGGAAUUUUGAUAACAUACCAUUUUAAGCGAUUUUGCAGUUUCACGAAUAUUCCUAUGUGCUUCCACUUUGUAGAUCUGUUCAUGCCCCUUAGUAACAAAUUCCUCCUCUUGUUGUUUUUGCAUUCCAUUCCUUAAAGUUUGAGGAUCACUUGGAACGGUUUGAGUUGGGACAGGCAGUUGCUUGGUGCUUCAUAAAGAGCAAGCAGUGAUUUAAUUCGUGCCAAGCAUGACAUUUGAGGCAUCUCAAAGAGAGCUUGUGGGGUGCUGAAUUGUAAAUAAAUUAAAAUAUAUCUAUGUAUGCCAUUAUUUAUUUAGUGUACUGUUUUCAUAUUUAUUUUUUUGAGACGCCAAUUUGCUGCAGUGUAAUGUAGACUGUCUUUUUUUUUAUCCAAGUUGUUCUACCUUGAUUUUUAAAUUCCGCUGUUUAAUGUCCUUCAAUUACUUGUUUAGUGACUAUUCCUGCCUUAUAUUUGGAUAAAUAUGGUAACUGGCACAUGUAAAAUGCACCUUGCAGAUGGUUGGCGCAUGUUGUUUCAGUUAAUGUUCACAAAUGCUGCAUGAUUAUGAUGUUCAUUUGAGGCAUCUUGGCAGACUCGCAGAGCACUGCAAUGUGCAUCAUGUAGUAUUUUAUUUGCAGUUGCUUAGAAUUGCGAUCUCGCUAAGCAUCAUUAUGGUAUUGAUCGUUACAUUAGAUGAUAUACGAUUCUAUAUAAAAUAUUGCACUGUGUGUUCACCAAAGUAUAAUUGUGCUUCAGUGCAGUCAUGUGAGUGGCUGGCGACACUUAGUGACAAGUAGUAUUAUUGUGCAUUGUAGUGAGGUGCAAGUCAGCAUUUCAAACGAGGUGAUAGGCAAAUUAUCUGCCAUAUUCUGUUUGAUGCAUUGCUGCUGUUGCACCUGUUACGAAUCCACCCUGUGGUACAAGUUCAGUAUGUCAAAGUAGUUUAUUACGUGAAGUAUUGAACUGUCAUGGUAGAGAGCACAUUCUGUAAUUGUGGGAAUUGGCGGAUGGGACAUUGCAGAGUUUUGGCAUCUUUUGUUGCUGAGGAAUGCGUGAAUUGUUUGGGACUUGGCUCUGUGGCACUUAAAGGCAUUUGUGCAGCAUGCUGUGACAUUGCAAAUAAUCUUGGCACCUGUCACAUUGCUGCUUUUCUUUUCUUUUUGCCGUGUGCGUGGGCAUAGCUUAGUCACACCUGCCGGUGCAAUGUUUUGCGAACAGUUUCGUCGCCUCUUUCAUGGGCUUUGCUCUGAGCCGUUCUGCUGUGAACACUCUGAGUGACACCAAUUGUAGGCCCUGUAGACCAACCGCACCAGUGAAGAGUGCAUCUGUUUCGGCGACCACUUUCUUCGUGAGAAAAACAAGUGGGUUAUUUUUGUGUUUGCGACACUUCAUGUGUGGCUGGACAUUUCUGACCACAGACUGGACCAUGGUUUGUUCAGUGUACAUAGAUGCUGAGUAUUUGGCUGUAAUGGGCUGGCCGAAGUUUGCAAAAGGAGUGCUUGGACACUACGUUUACAGGCAUCGCGCAGCAACGUCUUCGGCUGGAGUCACGUGCGGAGUGAGCUGCUGCUAAGACUUGUCCUGCAGUGAAUAGGGAAGGCUGCUGUGAACCAUAGCGAAACUUUUCGCUUGGGCAGGUUGCUUUCUCGAGAGACUGCAGAAGUUAGCUGUCCAAUUACUGCUGAUCUAAUAUGUUACCACGUGUGCAGUGCGACAUGUAGAAAUGGCUUUUGUUACUGGUAACUUGCAAUAUGGAAUUUUUCAAUGGAACAGUGUGAUGCAGAGAAACCAGUUAAGACUUGCCUGUGCAGUGGCUGUUGCUUUAAUCAGUGUUGCCAGUGCAAGCAGCAGCUGACGUGUGCUUUUGCUUAUCCACUUGCUGCUUUUCUCUCUCAAGCAUCAGUUCGCAUUGAGCUGGAUGCAAUAAGUGUGCUGCAUAGUGCCUCCCAGCAAUAUAGUGCCGUUUCAGUAAAAGUCCGUUGCGAAUUCCACUGAAGGUUAGGCAGAUGCAUCCAUUUUCUGUAUCAGAAGCAACAACCAAGAUUAGCUUUUAUUUUUUUUGUUCAUAUCAGUAUUUUCUGGCCAGAAUGAGCGUUUCGCAAUGGUGAGCACAUUUUUGUUCAGGUGAAUGCCGUUAGGUGAUCAGAUGAUCUGAAUGUGGUAGUGUGGUGCAGGACAUUUUAUCUCUUCAUGUUAUUGCCGUGGAAACUCGCAGGGCUAGCAGUAUGUGUGUCUGCACUCCGGUGUGGUGAGGACGUUUAGGAGUGGUUGAGUGGUUAAUGCAGUCAUUGUGUAAAUCCUGCAGUUCUGUUCACUUGCUCGGCAUUGCUCCUUGUUUAGGUUGCAACUGUUUAGGUUAAUGAAUUCGACAAAUAUUGCACAUCUGAACAGAGUACCUUACGUUUGCAGCCAGAAAGCAGAAGAGAUUGCAAUUCCUUCUGUUCAUUGGCGCCUGAUUGGUGCUUGUAUUUAUUGUCGUCCCUGUGUUAAUAGAGAGUGUUUAGGGUUGUCAUGCCACAGCAUUCGCAGUAAUUUGAAUUUAACACGAAUAUUAUGUUCCGAUGAGCAACUAAUGAGUUUGUGGGGCCUUUCUUUUCGUUUCUCACUUCAGCAAAGAAUAGUUCUAAGGAACAUCUUGCCAAUGUAUAUUUAGCUUUGUAAAUUGAAAACACUUUGCUGUGUUUGCUGAAAUAUUCUUGUAAUAUAAAUUUCAGGGCCAUCUCUCUGCAUUGAUAUGG